AUGGCCUCCGACUUUGGAAAUCCGCUAAAGAAGUUCAAGCUAGUGUUUUUGGGAGAGCAAAGCGUGGGAAAAACCUCGUUGAUCACCCGAUUCAUGUACGACAGCUUUGACAACACCUAUCAAGCGACGAUUGGGAUCGAUUUCUUGUCGAAAACAAUGUAUCUCGAGGAUCGCACAGUUCGUUUGCAAUUAUGGGACACAGCCGGACAGGAGCGUUUCCGAUCACUCAUCCCUUCCUACAUUCGAGACUCAACGGUUGCGGUGGUCGUUUAUGACAUUACAAAUGCAAACUCAUUCCAUCAAACGUCAAAAUGGAUAGACGAUGUUCGAACGGAGAGAGGAAGCGAUGUGAUCAUCAUGCUGGUUGGAAACAAAACGGAUUUAUCUGAUAAACGACAAGUCACCACAGAAGAGGGAGAAAGAAAAGCGAAAGAGCUCAACGUGAUGUUCAUCGAAACGUCGGCCAAAGCAGGAUACAAUGUUAAACAGCUCUUCCGUCGCAUUGCCUCGGCUCUCCCCGGAAUGAUCGACAAGGAUGAGCGGGCCGAUACAACAAUCGUCAACAUGGAUCCAAUCAAACAACGUCAAAUCCAAACCGAUGAAGGGGCAUGCUGGUGC